AAAUAAAGCCCAACAAGCGAACCCCGUCUCUGUGCAAUUCCUCAUCUUUUCUCUUCGUUUUACUCCAAAAGCAAGCUCCGUCGCCGCCGCCGGAGAACGACCGCCGGUUUCUUUGUAGUCCUGAUGUCGACGGGGUCAGACAUGGAUACGGAUACUGUUAAUAGCGUUAAUGCUUCGAGUUCCGGUGGUGGGAACGAACUUCCAUCGGAAACCCUAGUGGACAAAGUGAGCGGGGAAGUUCAGGUGGGGGUUGAGGAGGUGGAACACGGGGCUAGGGAUGAACUGGAAGCCGGAGUCUCUUCUGAACAGGGUUGUGGCAGCUCGGUUUCAGCUGGGGAUGAUACGAUGGACAAGAGAAGUGAAUGUACUGAUCUGGAGAGGAAAACAGACGCUGUAAAUAGAGGGUUUGAUUUAGAAGCAGAGACCCAAAACGUAGACGUGGAGAUUAAAUGCUGUGAAAAGAAGUUCCCCAGUGGUAGCGGUGAGAUAUUGAUGGCAAACAACAAGGAGACAAUGGCUGAAAAGGAUUCUGAUGGGAUCCGUAGUAAGCUUUUGGCUGAUAAGGAAGCAGAAGAAAACAGUCAUGAUGCAAUGGAACAAGAGACAAUCCGCUCUGACAGUAUUAAUCCCGGUGAUGAGAGGGAUUCUGAUGUUAGACUUCAAGAUUCGUGUUCACACGGAAAUGUUAAUGGGCAAAUACAUCUCGAUAGGUCAGAAACGGAAGAUAUGGAAAUUGAGGAUAAGGAAGGUAAGCCAGCUGCAGGUUUGAAGCUGUACAAGAGCGAGGAUGCAAAGCCAAAUUUCAGUGACUCAGAUUUGGUUUGGGCAAAAGUGAGGAGCCAUCCGUGGUGGCCGGGACAGAAAUUUGAUGCCUCGGAUGCAUCAGAAAAAGCAAAGAAGUACUUUAAGAAAGGCACUUCCUUGGUAACUUAUUUUGGGGAUCACACCUUUGCUUGGAAUGACCCAUCCCGGAUAAAGCCAUUCCAUCAGCAUUUCUCACAGUUGGAGAAGCAGAGCAACUUGGCUGAGUUCCGCCAUGCUAUUGACUGUGCAUUGGAGGAAGUUUCUCGGAGGACAGAGUUUGGUUUAGCCUGUCCUUGUAUCUCGGAGGAAGUAUAUAACAAGAUCAAGACUCAGAACGUAAUAAAUCCUGGCAUUCGAGAAGAAUCGAGUGUAAGAGAAGGUGGAGAUAGUAUCUCAAGUGCAUCUUUCUUUGAACCUGCUAAACUUGUUGAGUAUAUAAAGAUUAUAGCAUGUACUCCUAGCUACAGUCUGACUGAUAAACUGCAUUUCACAAGUCAUCGAGCUCAGUUAUUGGCUUUUCACCGAUGGAAAGGUUAUCCCGAUCUUCCUCAGUUCGAAAAACUUCGUGGAUCUGUAGAGUCUGCACCAAAGGUUGCUCCUCCAGGAGUGAACAAGGAUAUAUCUCAAGUGGCUAAACCGAAAACUGUUGAACAAGUGUCUUCUGAAAAGAGAAGGAUAGAAGAGAACAACGAGUCUGGUCAAAAGCAAAGGGGUGAGUCUGACGAUAGAACUGGUCGGAAUAAAAAGGAGAAAACUUUGAUAGAGUUCAUUGCUGAAAAACGCCGGAGUAAAAGUAAAGGGAGUGGAGCAGAUGACAAAUCUGAUGGUAAGCAGUUUCCUGACAGGAAACGCAAGGCAGAGUUUUCAGAAUCUGACAAGUCAAUUAAGAGGAUCAAGAAGAACAAUCUACCAUUGGAGGAUCUGAUAUCUCAAGAUUCUGCAAAAAAAGAUAGGAAAGGAAACUUGUCAGGAGGUGAUACUAAUAAACCACAGAAGCCUAAACCAGUCUUUGGAAUUGGAGCUAGCAUACUUAGGGUGGCGAGCCAGAUGAAUUCUUCAACUCCUACCUUACUCAAGCCUUGCAGUGGAUCGACACCAAAAAUGGUGGCCAAGAACAAUACCCAAGAAAAACGUCUCUCGAUGAAGCCCGAUGAUGUGAAAGACUAUUCUGAAGAGCAAAUACUGCCAGAGAAGAAGAGCGAAGCUACAGAAGUUGUGCCUGAUAUUCCUACUAAAGACAAUGGUCCAACUGAGGUGGAGAAACUCUCUGGGUCAGCCUCUAAAGAGCAUCCUGGCACAGAAAACUCGGCUGAAGAGUGUUCUGAUAAUAGUUGUGAGGAAGAUUGUUACGAGGAAGACGAGGAUGCAAUGGCACCCAAUGCACUAAUACUGAACUUUACUGAUUUGGAUUCAGUUCCAUCAGUAGAAAAGUUGAAUAAGAUCUUUAGCAGGUAUGGAGCUCUGAGGGAAUCAGAGACAGAGGUCAUGAAGAAAAGCAAAAAGGCCAAGGUGGUUUUCAAGAGAGGGGAAGAUGCAGAAACAGCAUUCAGCAGUGCUGGGAAAUACAGCAUCUUUGGGCCUUCCCUUCUCAGCUACAGGCUCAAGCAUGUUGCCCUUAAGCCAACCAACAGAGAUAGAAAACUAAACAACAAUACUAAAGUAGAUGCUUAAUCAUCAUCACUUUCCCCAAGUUCCGGCUUUUCCAGAUUCAUUUUACAGAGUCCUUAGGAAGCCAAAGAUGUGCAAAUGAGAAAGCUUUGGAUGUGAACAAAGAGAUGGGGGUGCAAGAGGGAAACACUUCAAGAGAUAGAUGUUUGAUGCCAAUGAUGUCUUUUUUUUUUUGGUCUUUUUGGGGUGAAGAAGAUUGUUAACCGCACUGUUGUUAGGAAUGUAAAGAAUGACAGAUUUACGUUCGUUUACGUGAUCAAGUUUUUUCCCCACCA